AUGGAAGCUUUGGGAGCUUUUACUGAUGGGGAAUGGGAUUCUUUCACUGCCAUCUUCUCAUCCCUUCAAGAACUCGAUCAAUCCCUCAUCCCCACUGAGCUUCCAUUGCCCAACAAUGGCGCCUCUGAGCUUCCUAAUAAUACCUGGUUCUAUUCCUUGGACGCUUUUGAUCCCAAUUUCCAGAGCUCUGUUCAACAGGACAUGAGCUGUAGUAGCUGCACCCCUGUUUGGAUUGACCAAGUACAAAACUGUCUCGCCGCCACCGCUGAAGCUUGCGACCAUGGCAGCCAGCCGCCGCAGCUUGUCGAUGGAAAUGAACCGAUUGCGAUGAAAAGAAAAGACAAAAACAGAGAGCUUUCUUCUAAUCAGAAGAAGAAAACUCGAAUCUCCGGUGAUGGGCAAAAGAAGAAAACCCAGAAGAAAACAGAGGAAAUAGUUGAGGAUGCAGGGGUAUCAGAAGGACAGAGCUCGAGUUCAGAAGAGGAGGGUCACGGCGGCUCAGCCACCACCUCCGACGGCGGCAUGAACGGAAAAAGCAGAGCUAGCAGAGGGUCGGCCACGGAUCCACAAAGCCUGUACGCCAGAAAACGACGAGAGAGAAUUAAUGAGCGUUUAAAAAUGUUACAGAAACUCGUUCCCAAUGGAACCAAGGUUGAUAUCAGCACCAUGCUUGAAGAAGCAGUUCAUUAUGUCAAGUUCUUGCAGCUCCAAAUCAAGUUAUUGAGCUCAGAUGAUCUAUGGAUGUUUGCUCCUUUGGCUUACAAUGGAAUGGACCUUGGUCUUCACCAGAGCCUCUCUCCGUUUCUAUCAAAUUGA